UACUUGAUUGUGAUUGUAUUUACAUUUUGGUUUCGAAUUGUGAAAUUGUAAAGCAUUUUUUUCUCUGUCUAAACAUAACAUCUAAUGAGGUUAUAAAUUUAAUUUAACAAAAUAUUUAUAAUCAUAAUAUCUUAUAAAAAUGGAGGCAGCUGAAUCACCUAACGAUAGUCAACAAAAUUUAAAUGAAUUAGCUGUGGAUAUGUUUAAGAAAAGUGCAGAAUAUAUCGAAGCAGAAUUAGCUGUUGCACAAGAUGACUAUAAGUUAUUGGCUGAUUUAAAUAGAGAAUGUGAUAUGACAUAUGCUGGUCUGAGAAAAAUUGGAGGAAAUUUGAACAAGCAGUUGAAAGAAAUGACUGAGAAACAUGCAGCUUUGAAACCAUAUUUAGAAAUGAUUGAUUCUAUCAAUGAAAGUACUAGUAAACUUGAAGCUGUUGCGUAUAUGAUGGAUGCUUAUUCCAAACGUUUAGAACAAAAAUUUAAAACUCUGGAGAAGCGAUGAUAUGCUGAGAAAUAUCUGAUGUCCAUCAAUCUCUUCUAAUUAUUUAACAUUCCAAUUGAUGACAUGUUUAAGUUGUUUUAAAGUUUAUGUAAAUGAAUUUGUUAUGUAGUUCAGUACAAUACAGUUAGAAUGAUUUGUAUGAAUUCUUUAAUUAAAAAGAAAAAAGCAUUA